GAGCAUGGUGAGCCUAUGCUAGAUGAUCAACCAGAUCAAUCUGUCGUGGAAGUGGAAAGAAACAAUAACUUGAAUAACGUAGGCCCACAUGAUUCAGAUUUGACAGAUUGCGAAGAUUCGGGUGGUGAAUUGGAUCAAGAGCUAGAUCAAUUUGUGGUGGAAGUGGAAAGAAACAAUAACUUGGAUAACGUAGGCCCACAUGAUUCAGAUUUAACGGAUUGCGAAGAUUUGGGUGGUGAAUUGGAUCAAGAGCUAGUUCAACCUGAUUUGAAUACCAAUAAUAAAAGAUCAAGAAAGAGGAAGAGACAGCCAGAAAAAUGGCAAAAAAAUGUGAAAAAAAGUUUGAAGGACACAGAAAAGUCUUAUCAAACCCUUUAAAGGACGCAAUACCCGCUA